AUGGACGCCUUCGUGCAAGCCAUGCUCCGAGCUCGCAUUUCGAGACGAGUCAUCGCAGAGCAACAUCUUGCCCUAACGGAGACCUUCAAUUCACCUUGGCAUGUGCCACGCCCGAGCUCCGAAAAUGACUUCGUUGGCGAAGUGCUGUUGAGAUGUAACGCAAAAGAGGUAAUCGAGCGGUGCGGAAAGAUCGCGCAGGACAUAUGCCGAUCGCCAGAAGCCGGCGGAGGACAGGUGCCCGAUAUCAAAAUCCUAGGACAUACCAAUGCCACCUUCCCGUACGUUCUGAGCCACCUGGAGUACAUCAUCAGCGAGCUCCUACGCAAUUCCAUCCAGGCUGUGAUGGAGACCAACGUCGGCAGUACAUCAAAGCCGGAACCAAUCGAAGUCCUGAUCUGCGAGGCACCGCAACAUGUCGUGAUUCGCAUUUCCGACCGUGGUGGCGGCGUGUCACGAGACUUGCUCCCUUACCUCUAUUCAUUCACUAAGGGACCUAGAAGUUCCAGACGGCUCGAGAACUUUGGACAGGUGCCAGAGCUGGCCGCCACUGUCAACGAAGUGACGCCAGCAUUAGGCGGCAAGAAGAGAGAUUCGUCUCUGGGAGCACUAGCAUCAAGACCACCGAACAUGAAACUAGGGAUGGGUUUGCCCAUGAGUAAGGUCUAUGCCGAGUACUGGGCCGGUGGACUGGAACUGCACAGUCUGGAAGGGUACGGGGUUGAUGCCUUUUUGCAGAUCUCGAGACUGGGCAACCAAAACGAGCAGCUCACCUCGAGAGCAAGCAUCGAUGCUGUGUAG